GUAUAAGACGAAACCCUAUCUUUUAACUAAAAAAUUAGGGGGUCUUAUACGCCCAGUCGCCUUAUACGCCGGAAAAUACGGUACUUAGUGAUGGGUGACAGUCUCUUGGUCUGUGUUUUCUGUGGUGUGUGGGGCUUUUGCAAGUUAUCACUUUUUUUUUUUACAUUUCUUCCCCAGUCUGCCUGGGGUUUGGACACUGCCUUUGCUGCUGCAGAUUCUAAAGGAGGCCUAAAUAGCUGGUGGUGAGAGGGUUCAUAAUUAAGUAGCUGGUGGUGAUAGGGUGGCAGGUUCAUAAUUUAAAAACUUUAUUUGGAGGAAAUGAUCUUGCCUCCUAUGGUUACAUAAUAUAAACAGUUAUUAUCUUUCGUGGCAGAAGGACCUAUGAGGUAUUGGGGCUCCAUUGUUCUAGGUCUUGUACAUACAAAUAGCAAAAAGAUGAUCACUGCCCCAGAGAGCUAAUUUAAGCAUUGCUUGAAAAAGAAACUGAGAGUCUUUAACUAAUGUUGGCCUUUGCUGCUUGUGCAUGGCCUACGCUCUGAGAUUGCUUUAUAAUAAGAACACUAUCAUGGUCCAGACCCCUUUUCCUUCAGUGCCCCAAUUGUGCCUCUUUUCAGGGUUUUUUGUGACUUUUUUUUUUUAAGUACUGUAAUAGAUAGAACUUAACAGUGGUUAAGUACAACAGUGCUGUUGUACUGAGAUUAUUGAUCAGAAGGACUGACAUAACUGGCAGUAUUGUCAUUGUUUUCUUGUACCCCACCAUCUAUUUUUCUGAGUCCAUUUUGCCUUACACUUAAAUUGUAAGCCUAGCACAGUGGGCUCUUGGUCAGUGAGUGGGCUUUUAGGUGCUAUUAUUAGUCUCCCUGAACUUCCUAUUCACCAACCACCCAUGUUUUAAAUCAUGAAACAGGUAGAGUAGAGGGAGCAAAUUUAUCCAUACUAAUGUCCUAACAAUUUUGUUUCUUGAAAGUGCCACCAGACUACUUGUUUUAUCUCAUCAAUAUGCCUUAUCUCCUCUAAUGGGGAAAGAGCUGUUCAGUAUUCAUGUCCAUACAUUCCUUGAUUUCUCUGCUAAGACUAUCAGCAAGGGCACUGAUUAUGGUAUAUAUUAGGCGUAUGAAGCACAUCUUCCAGUAAGUGUACUGGAACCUCUCUGCAUUUCUCGCAGGCCACUGAAUGCCUGUCUGAUGCAAACUAUUUUUAGUCACUGACAACUUCGGUUGAAUUUCAACCAAUGAUUGAAGUGAAAGAUUCUCAAUUUUUAUGACUGCUGUCCCAAGCCAUCCAAUUCCUUGUGAUAUUCCUUUCCUUCUCGUUCUCACUAGAUGCUGCACAUCCAAAAACAGAGUGUUUUUAGUAUGGCAGCAGAGGGUGUUAACCUAUGUCGUCAUGGAAGACUCUGCUGGCUUCAGGUAGCCACGAGGAGUCGGGUUUUUUUAUUUGAUGUUUUCCGUCUGGGGCCUGGAAUUUUCAAAAAUGGACUGCAAAUAGUGCUGGAGGACAAGAAAAUUUUGAAAGUCAUUCAUGACUGCCGUUCGAUCUCAGAUUGCCUCUCACACCAGUAUGGAAUCAUUCUUUCAAACGUGUUUGAUACACAGGUUGCUGAUGUCCUGCAUUUCUUCAAUGUAACAGGUGGGUUCCUUCCACAUCGCAUCAGUUCCCUUCAGGAGUGCUUGAUGCGACAUCUCAAGAUGUCCCCCCAAAAGGUGUCCUUCCUGGAGUGCAGGCAGCAGGCUAUUCAAGAGAACCCUGAUAUAUGGUUUGUGAGACCUCUUCCAACUUCACUGCUGAAAGUGUUGGCUCUGGAAACCACUUACCUUCUACCUCUCCGCUUGUUGCUACUGGAUGAAAUGAUGUCUGACUUAACAAACUUGGUGGAUGGAUACUUAAAUGCAUAUCGGGAGGGGCCUGAAGAUCUUCUAGGGAGCACAGAGACUUCUUGUAUGGAGCUGCCAGAGGAGCUGCGUCAGAUGGGAGAUUUCCAAAAAUGGCGAAGAGAGAAAGCAGUACAAAUGUACAAGGUAAAUGAGGAGGGUCUUCUGAUCAGACCACCAGUGGAAUCCACAAGAAGGAAGGCAGCAGAAGUGGGAGAAAAACAAGGAGAGAAUGGUAUUUGGCUUUCUUCUAAUGGAGCUGCAUUACACAAGACAUCCUUCCAUCCCCAGGAUCCACUUCAUCAAAAUUAUGAUGAGCAAAAGCAAGAGGUAGAUCACUGGGGAAAAAAGUCUAGAAUUGUCUGUAAAACUCCAUCCUUGGAAAUGGAGGCAGAAGCUAGAGACUUGGACAGCUGGAAUUCUGUAUCGGAGCACAAUCAAAAAAUGAGGAAGGAAGUCUCUCCAAUGCAGAGACCUCACACACAGGCUGCUCAAUCUUUACAAGAAAGGAUAAGUCUGUUGUUGACUGGAAACAAGGAUGAAGACUUAUUUUCUGCAAAGCAAAGCACCAUUGCAUCUGCCUCCUCUCUUCCAAAAAUGAGCAAUUUACAUCUAGAUUCAUUUCAGGUGCCACGACAGCCAUCCCCUUCUGUACUGCCUCAUUGCUCGGUCCUAGAAUCUGUUGGUUUGCAGCAGCACCCACUGAAGAUGAGAGAGAACUACUUUUCACAUUUCUCAGUAAGGCCAGAAAAGGAAGGGAGUUCAGCGGUUCACUUUGCCUUCCCUUCAGGUUUCAGCUGUCGAAUGCCAGCACCAAGCCCUGCAAGAAAAUAGCAGUUAUUUUCGUUUACCCUUUCAAAAAAAGGAAAAGUAAUUGUCUCCACUAUCCUGUCACUGCAAGUGUCUUUAAGAAUUUAUAGGUAUUGGAGAAAAGUAUUUCCAUUCCUUUGUUCCCCACUUGUUGAAAUAGUUCUACAGAACUCUUACCCAGUUCUAGACAGGUCCCUAUUGUGUAUAUAUAUCUUGCAGGUAUAGGUUAUAUCCAGUCCCUGAAUGAAAUAAGCCAUACCAGGAAAAUCACUCUUGUGGCAAUGUAACUGCAUCUUUCCUAGGUCUUUUGCUGGUCUAAAAAAAAUCACUCCUCUAAAUGAUAAUAUAUCUGCAAAAGUUUCUAGUGUAAACUUGGCCUAAGUGUGACAACACUGAGAUAGCACCAUCAUUUUCACAAACUGCCUACGUCUAAGUAACUGAGUUGCAGAGAAUGGGAUUAUUAAAGAUUGUCCAUGAUUUGGUAAAGACAUAUAUUUAAGUAUUGCGUUGUCAGUGCUCCUGAUGUUUUGGAAGAGUAAAUCAUUUCAUUCUGUUGGUGGUGGUAGGGAAAAAUGGGGAGGAUGUGUUGUCAAAUUUUAUGGCUAGCUGUAUCCAGUAAACUUUCAUUGAGCACUAACAGUGUAUGUAACAGAGGAGGUGUGAUGCUCUGUCCCAAGGAGAUUACACUCUUGUGGUUCUUUCCUUCUUACACUGCAGUUACACUAAUGAAAUGUGAGGGUAUUUUACUAUUACAUAGAAUCCAGGGUUUGUGCUUUUGAAUGUACACAUAUAUUUGAUUAUUUGUGUUGAUUGGGACACACAUUGUUGAGCCAUUGAUGACCAUUUGUCAGCCUGUGAGAUUAUAUAUGCAUUUUUGAAGUAGUAUUGCCAGGGAAAACAAAUUCCAUUUUUUUUUACAAGCAAUACUAAACUAGCAGUUUCCAAAUAGGACUUUCUUUUGGGACUGGCUUAUUUUUUCUCCCCCCUCUCCCUCCACCCAUUGUUGGGCGGAAGGUGUUUCAGAGGUGGAUCACAGGAACAUGCUCCCAAUACCAGUACAUUUUGGGGCUAAGGAGUGACCAGGUUCUACAAGUUCUCUAAAACAUUUACAGUGUUCUGUAUUUAAGAAAUAAAAACAGGUUCUAUUGUCAUAGUUUAAACAGAAAAAUAAAAGUUG